CGUCGAAACAUAUCACAAUUCAAAAAAUAAAAACAAUAGGAAUUUCAACAAUCAAAAUUGACGUAGAAUUUUCUCUGUCUUUCUCCAGUACCUAUAGUUUUCUAUUUUAAUCAAUAUUAUAUACAAAAAUCAAGAAAAAUGCCUUCACGCCAGUUAAUAGUUUUCGACUUCGACGAGACCAUCAUUAGCGUCAACUCCAUGCGUCAACUUUUCCAAUUUAUACCGAAUUAUCGGCGUCCUCACAAGUACGACUCGCAGAAAAGGGGUUGGAUAGAUUAUACCAAUAAAGCAUUUAAGGAACUCCAUUCAAUGGGAUACCCGGCGAAUACAAUGUGCAAAUUUAUACGCGCCGUGCCGGCCGUGCCGGGAAUGGUAAAGCUGAUACACUAUCUGUGGAAUUCAAGUGAGCCGACUUAUGACUUGAUCUUGAUCAGUGACGGCUAUCGCAUUUUAAUCGCCGAUUGGCUGGAACAACAUGGGAUUUUCCACUGUUUCACUGGUAUUUAUUGCAAUCCCUCAAAGAUCAAUGAUUGCGGAGAGGUUACUGUGAGCGGUUAUCACUGUGCAGAAUGUCCGUACAGCCCACAGAACUUGUGCAAGCGGCGUGUGAUGGAAGAAUUCAUUUCAAUGCAGAAAACUCUGAAUAUAAAGUACGAUCGUGUAGCGUACAUCGGCAAUGGUAGCGGGGAUUUCUGCCCUACAUUGGGUUUGGGAUCCUGUGACCUCGUGUGCGCACGCAAAUACGAUAUACUGGCUGAGAAAAUUCAACAAAAUCGCAAAAAAUUAAAAAUAAAACCGGAAAUUUACUUGUGGGUUAGUGGGUAUGAAUUAAUUGCUAAAUUGGCUCAAAAUAAAGACAUAGACAAUAUUAAAAAAUUACCUAAACCAACUUGUUACGGAAUGGUAAACUCAUCUUAAGAAAAAAUUUUGGUGUAAUUUAUAUUUCUUUGCAGGUAAUUAAGUCCUAAUAAAAACUUUUACGAUUGGAGAAGUGUUCCAUGAUUCAUAUUAUUUGGGUGUCUGAAUACGAGUAUAUCAUUUAGAGAAUAUUAUAGGUUUCCGAUCUCAUCAGUG